CAGUUGUAGAAGACGUGCGAACUUGAAAGUAGUGUGGAAUAAUCGGUAUUUAAUUUUGCAAAAAAUGGAAGGUUUCGACGACCCAGGAAUAUACUAUUCUGACAACUUUGGUUCUGAAGAACGGGCCAAUGAAACAAGUGUAAAUAAUCAAGCUAUAAAAAAGAAAUAUAAAGAUUUCAUUCGUCAAUUUCACGAAGGAAACUUCAAUUACAAAUACAGAGAUGCCCUUAAACAGCAAUAUAAUCUUGGCCAGUAUUUUUUGGAAGUUUCGGUGGAGGAUAUCUCGAGCUUCGAUGAAAUGCUGGCUCACAAACUACAGAAGCAACCCUCUGACUAUUUACCAUUGUUGGAGGAGGCUGCCAAAGAAGUAGCAGAUGAGAUAACAGCACCAAGACCUGAAGGUGAAACUGUAGUACAAGAUAUACAGGUUCUGCUGAAGUCUGAUGCCAAUCCCAUAUCUGUUCGGGAUUUAAAGUCAGAUUUAGUGUCACAGUUGGUCAAAAUUCCUGGAAUCAUUGUGGCUGCAACUGGCAUUAAGGCUAAAGCAACAAAGAUCUCGAUCCAGUGCCGAUCUUGUCGCAAUGUAGUCCCCAACUUGACCAUCAAACCUGGUUUGGAUGGCUACAUUCUUCCGCGCAAGUGUGCAUCGUAAUUUCAGGGAGGAGCCAAAUGUCUAUUGGAUCCUUACUUUAUUAUGCCAGACAAGUGUGAAUGUGUAGAUUUCCAAACAUUGAAAUUGCAAGAGUUGCCGGACGCUGUACCUCAAGGUGAAAUGCCCCGACACUUGCAACUCUUCUGCGACCGAUACCUUUGCGAGAAGGUGGUACCAGGAAACAGAUUAACGAUUUUGGGUAUCUACGCUAUCAAAAAAGCCGGCAAAAGUACCAAGACUUCGGCCAGAGAGAAAAUUGCUGUAGGUGUCCGCAGUGGUUAUCUGCGCGUUGUUGGUAUUCAAGUCGAUAAUAUGGGAGCUGGCCGGAGCAGUUCGGUCCCUCUAACAUCAGAUGAUGAAGAACUCUUUCGCCGUCUUGCUGCCUCGUCCAAUAUCUACGAACGUAUCGCGAAAAGUAUCGCACCCAGCAUUUUCGGGUUCGAAGAUAUUAAAAAAGCCACUGCUUGCCUACUAUUUGGAGGUUCACGCAAGCGUAUGCCUGAUGGUCUAACUCGGCGUGGUGAUAUUAACGUUUUGCUUCUCGGAGACCCUGGUACUGCCAAAUCGCAGUUACUGAAAUUCGUCGAGAAAGUUGCCCCAGUAGCUGUAUAUACAUCCGGCAAAGGUUCUUCAGCUGCCGGUCUCACUGCUUCUGUCAUUCGCGAUCCUACAACUCGCAAUUUCGUCAUGGAAGGAGGCGCUAUGGUACUUGCCGAUGGCGGAGUGGUGUGCAUUGACGAGUUUGACAAAAUGCGUGAAGACGAUCGAGUGGCCAUUCACGAAGCCAUGGAACAGCAGACUAUUUCGAUUGCCAAAGCUGGUAUUACGACUACCCUGAAUUCACGCUGCGCCGUGUUUGCCGCAGCCAACUCGGUUUUCGGUCGAUGGGACGAUAGCAAGGGCGAGGAGAACAUCGAUUUUAUGCCAACCAUUCUGUCGCGUUUCGAUACCAUCUUCAUCGUAAAAGAUGAGCACAACGAGCGUCGUGAUAUGACUUUAGCUAAGCAUGUGAUGGGAAUCCACAUGAAUGCUAUUCAAACUGGUGAACAGUCACACGAAGGAGAGCUGAGUCUCGCUUUGCUUAAAAAAUACAUCGCGUUCUGCCGCAGUCGUUGCGGACCUCGAUUGUCGGAAGCUGCUGCAGAAAAGCUGAAGAACCGCUACGUUCUUAUGCGUAGCGGUGUUCGCGAACACGAAAUGGAUUCCGAAAAACGUUUGAACAUUCCCAUCACUGUUAGGCAACUGGAGGCUGUAAUUCGUUUAUCUGAAUCCUUGGCAAAAAUGCAACUCCAACCGUUUGCCACUGAAACGCACGUCGAUGAAGCGUUGCGGCUUUUCCAGGUGUCCACGUUGGACGCCGCUAUGUCCGGAAGUUUAGCUGGCGCGGAAGGAUUUACCUCAGAGGAAGAUCAGGAGGUAAUUUCCCGUAUUGAAAAACAAUUGAAGCGCCGCUUUGCGAUCGGUUCACAAGUUUCGGAAAACAGCAUCGUUCAAGAUUUUACUCGCCAGAAAUAUCCGGAAAGAGCUAUUUUCAAGGUGAUCCAUUGCAUGAUUCGUCGCGGGGAGUUGCAACAUCGCAUGCAGCGGAAAAUGUUGUAUCGCAUUAAAUAAAAUCUUCAAAUGUUCGAACUACGCAACAUUUUAAAACGCCACUGUAAAAAUCCUGCGCUGUCUGCAUGAUCAGGUAUAUUCGCAUCCUUCAUCUUCAGUUUAAUACAUCUUACGUAUCUCAAUAAAAUCAUUGGAAAAAAAUAAGAA